AUGCCUCCGCGAAUAGGACGCAAUGGCGCCGUCGUCAAACCCUCUUUAUCCACCAAGAGUCAACAGACUGCCGGACACACUGCAAGCAAGGUCAUUGAUUUGACGCGCGAGUCCACCGACGAGACGUCUGGAAAGAGUUCUGGAGAAGAGUCGGCAGAAGAUGAGGAAAUUGACGACGUGCCGGAGCGCCAUGGAGAAAGACCUGAUGGAAGAAGAGGACACCGAAAUUCGAGUGCUGGCAUGCAAGGAAGGGUUUUAGGAGCGGUUAAAGCGAAGGAGUCCAUACUGGAAUACACCUUCAUAGUGACAAUCUUGCACCAUAGACCCUGGGGCAUGGGAGACGACCAUGCCACAGUUGGUGUGUUUCCCACUGAAAAGGAAGGCGAAGAAGCGGCUUCCAAGGACUUUCUUCAACGGUGUAAAAGCCAGGCCGAUGGGUGGGAAUCCGAGUGGCGUCCGCAUCCAAGAGAUGGCAUGCUGCAACUCUGUGGAUGCUGUGAAGAUGGAGAGGUUGAUUCGGAGAGGUAUACGGCUUCGAUCAAACGAGUCCAACAAAAGCGAGUGGUCACUGUCCAGCCAUGCGUUCCAAGCGCCGCUCAAUCCAAACCCAGGGUCGUCAAACCUCGUCACGUCUACCUCGUCAUAGAAGAGCAGAGGAUAAACAUUGGAACAGACGAUCCACGAGGGUUCUACAAUGGCCUGGGCGACGCCAAAUCUGCCGAUAUACAUGGGAUAUACGUGGACUUGAGCGCCGCGAACGAUUCUGCUCGUGAGAUCUAUUAUGGCAUUGUUGGGAAGCUUGAUGGCGAGGCAGACACUGUUACCGACACCUUGAAGAACGGCAUGGCCAGGAUUCUGGUGGCAAACCACACAAAGAUGAUGACAUAUUCUCUCAGUGUCAUAAAGAGAUCCCUCAAGUAA